AUGGAUAAAAGUUGGAUCGAUCUACCCACUGGUCAUCAUGAAAAUAUCGACGGUUGUAUGGAAUUUAUUGAGUUUGCCAAGCAAGAUCUAGUCGAAGGAAAAAUUAGAUGUCCAUGUAAGAACUGUAAGGUAGAGAAAUGGUUCUCCGUAAAUGAAGUGGAGAGGCAUAUUUUGUUUAAGGGAUUUUAUAAGCCAUAUAAGGAUUGGAUUUUUCAUGGUAAAGGGGAUACGUUUCAGCGUAUGUUUGAGAGUGAUGGAGGGAUUACUAGUGAAGGUUCCCUUGAUAACCAAAGUGGGUUUGUAGGUCGAGAUAAUAUGGGAGGGCUAUUAAGAUCAGCAUUUAGUGUUAAUAUGCCUCCCAAUUGCCCAAAUUUAGAAGCACGAGAGGAUGAUGAAUGGAUUGAGGAGCCCGUGGCCUAUGACACAGAUGUAGAAUAUGAUUAUUCUACAAUAGAAGAAGAUGUGACAUAUAAGAAGUUGCUUGAAGCUUCUGAGGAGAAAUUGUACGAGGGGUGUAUCAAUUUUUCAAAGUUAUCUUUUCUGUUACACUUGUUUCACUUGAAGUGUAUUAAUCACUGGUCCAUAGAAUCUUUCAAUAUGUUGUUGAAGCUAAUUCUAGAUGCAUUUCCUCAAAUACUUGAUUUUCCCUCUUCUUAUUAUUACAGUAAGAAAAUGAUAAAAGACUUGGGCCUUGGGUAUGAAAAGAUUGAUGCUUGUCCGAAUAAUUGCAUGUUGUAUUGGGGUGAAUUUUUAAAGAAAGACAAGUGUCAUGUUUGUGGUACAUCGAGGUGGAAGAAAACUAAGGAUAGGGGCAACGUUGUAAGUGAUCAAGGUACGGAUACUUGUAAGAAAGGUGUGCCAGCUAAGGUAAUGCGAUAUUUCCCUCUUAUACCGAGACUAAAAAUAAUCUACAUGUCAUCAGAAACAUCAGAAGAUAUGAGAUGGCAUGAUACAGAGCGAUUGGGUGAAGAUGAUAAGAAGAUUUUAAGGCAUCCUUCAGAUGGCUUAGCAUGGAAGGCAUUUGAUGAGCGUCACAGUGAUUUUGCAUUAGACCCUCGUAGUGUUCGAUUAGAUCUUGCGAGUGAUGGUUUUAAUCCUUACCGUUUAAUGAACACCACUUAUAGUACGUGGCCAGUGAUGUUGAUUCCUUAUAAUCUUCCACCAUGGUUAUGUAUGAAACCGUCUUCUUUCAUUCUGUCCACGCUUAUUCCUGGAAAAUCAGGUCCCGGAAAUGAUAUUGACGUGUAUCUGCAGCCAUUAGUGCAUGAAUUGAAAUUGCUGUGGACAGGGGUUGAAGCUUUUGAUGCUUUUGCCGGAGAGAAAUUUAAUUUGCGUGCGGCUUUGCUUUGGACUAUUAAUGACUUUCCCGGCUAUGCAAUGCUCUCUGGUUUGAGCACAAAAGGUUACAAUGCAUGUCCUAUAUGCUUAGAUUCCACGCCUUCUGAUAGAUUUGGGAGCAAGAUUUGCUAUUGUAGCUAUAGAAAAUGGUUACCUGCAGAUCACCCAUUUCGAUGUCAAGGUGACAAGUUUUGUGAGAAGUUUGGAACUAAUGAGUGGGGUAAAGCCCCAUCUCGUCCUAGCGGCACUGAUAUAUUGAGGCAGCAAGAAAAGGUGAAGCAUGUUUACGGAAAGUCGAAGGCACCACCGAAAAAGAGGCAAAGAGGACACGAUGAUGACGAUGAAGUCCAAGAUGAAAGUGACUUUGGUACCAAGAGAAGCAUAUUCUUUGAUUUGGUGUAUUGGGAGCAUAAUCUUCUAAGGCAUAAUUUAGAUGUGAUGCACAUUGAGAAAAACGUGUCUGAGAAUAUUUUGGGAACUCUUCUUAGUAUGGAUAAGAGUAGAGAUAGUAGGAAUGAUCGAGAAGCCCUUGAAGCAUGGAGAAUAAAGUCUCACCUUUGGCUGAGUACUAAUCCUAACGGAGGUGAAUGCAUGCCUCCGGCUUCCUAUUCUAUGUCUACGGAGGAGAAGGAGAGGUUCCUAAAUGUUUUGCAGAAAAUUAAAGUUCCUGAUGGAUAUGGAUCCAACCUUUCUAGUUGUGUGAAUAUGAAGCAAAGGAAGUUGAUGAACCUCAAAAGUCAUGAAAACCAUGUUCUAAUGCAGGAUAUCCUUCCCGUUGCCUUAAGGGCCUCUAAAGCUACAAAAGUAAUUGACUUGUUGGCUAGAUUGUCUUCCUUUUUCAAGAAGUUGUGCUCUACAACUAUUGAUCCAGAUGAUUUAGAUGGUCUUCAAAAUGAAAUUAUUUUAACUCUUUGUGAGUUGGAAAAGGAGUUUCUGCCUUCAUUUUUCACAAUCAUGGUCCAUUUGUUGAUUCACUUAGUGGAGGAGGUUAAACUUGGUGGACCAGUGCAAUACAGAUGGAUGUAUCCCAUUGAAAGGUACUUGUCCCAUUUGAAAUCACAUGUAACCAAUAAAGCCCAACCUGAAGGAUCUAUUGCAGAAGGCUUCCUUUUAGAGGAGACAAUUAGGUUUUGUUCGAGAUAUCUUCAAGGUGUUAAGACCAUUUUCAACAUACCUGAAAGGAUGGAUGAUGACAUUCCAAAUCCCAAUGAUUACUUGUUUAAUUCUGGUGGUCGAGUUAUUGGGAAGAAGGUACAUUACAUAGAUGCAACCACCGAAGAUGGGAAACCAAGAAAAGCUUUGGCGGGUGGUUUGCAUUCUUAUGGUAGAAAAUUAAAAGGAUACAUAAUCAAUGGAUACAAAUUCCUUUCCACGGAUCGCGAUUCUCGUCUUUUGACACAAAAUUCUGGAAUUAUGGUCGAAGCGGAUGGAGAUGCCUACUAUGGAAAAGUGAAAGAUAUCUAUGAAUUAGAUUAUUACGGAGAUUACAAAGUUGUAUUGUUUCGUUGUGAUUGGGUAGACAUUCAUAGGGGUGUAAAAGCAUAUCCAAAUGGCGGAGUAUGUGUCAAUUUCUCUAAAUUGAUGCAUUCUGGACAAUUGUUGCAAGAUGAUCCAUUUGUAUUCUCAUCUCAAGCAAAACAAGUUUUUUACAUAGAAGAUGAGAUACAAAAGGGAUGGUUGCAUGUUGUUAAGAACAAGCCUAGAGAUGUGUUUGAUUUAGGGGAUUCUUUACCAGUAGAGGAAGAGGGUGGGACCAAUUGA